AAUAAUAAAAUAAAUAGAUAAUACACAAAAUUUAAUAAAAUCUGUUGAUAGUCCUAUGCAUUACAUCAUCUUUGUAAUUGACAUGUUUAUCAUCUUCAUCAUCACCAGUUAUCACAUUUGAAAGUAAAUAGUCCAACAUAAAUAAUAAUGAGGAUGGCUCAAUAUAUUUAAUUUGCUCUAAAACCCUUAUUUGAGACGAUGCUAUGGUGUUGAUUAAGGUAUCAUUAGCAGUAUCAUCAUGCAAAGACAGAAAUACUACAACUAAUAACAUUUUUAAUCACAGUUGGCUAUAAGUAGAAAUGUCAAAAUAACAAUGUAGUCAAAAUAAUAAAUAUGGUGGAAUCAGGGUAAAAGUGUCUUAUAUUAAUAGUAAUAAUAUAAAAAUAACAACAUAAUCUAAACAAUAAUGACGGUGAAUUCAUGUAAUCCUAGGUGUAAUAUCCUGAUACAUCGGCUCUGUGCAGGCAAUUCUCUUAAAUCACAACCCUUUUCUGCACCGAUGAUGAGUCAAUCACAGCCCCAUACUCGUUCAUGCCGGUGUAAACAGGUACUUGCGCUGCGACGUAAAGAUUGGAUCAAAUUGGAAUUAAAUGAAUAUUAUAUCUUCUUCUGUGGGGCUCAGAAAAAAAUCGGUGCCUGGAGAGUAAUUAGUUCAGUGUGAAGUAAUUUAAAAGUAGCGUCAAAAAUAAGUUAAUUUGCCCAGGGUAAAUUCGUAGUUUUGAAUUGAAUUCAAUGGGGAAAUUCGCUUUUUGGCACCAGAGGCUUACUAAACUGCAAUACCCCGAGUAACCACGUGGGUUUGCGAGCUCCACAGAAAAUGACAAUCCGUGGUCCACCGUGCUAAUGAUGCUCGUGCUCCACUUAGUCCCGGAGCCAGGACGCUCGUCAACUACUUUUCCAGUCCGUGCAGACAAUUCAGAGUGAUAGAAGACGUUAAUACGGGAGUCUGAAGACUGAAACCAAUCAGUCUGUCGCUUUCUGCUCUCCGAAACCAUUUUGUCGUCUCUUUGACUUUCCUCUCUCUUUAGGAAGCAUUCUUUGCGUGGUUUUUACAGAAUAGGUGAAAAAAAAUCUCUAAAUAAUUUUUUGCAUUUUGUGCCGUCAAAGAUUCGUCAUCGUUCCAUUAGGUUCCUCAAAGCACUGUCCAGGGCAAUUUUGAAAAGAUAACAUUUAUAGGUACUCCUGGUAUUUUGGACACGGAAAUCCACAUCACCAUGAACAUGCAGAAGAGGAGCCUUGUAUUCUGAGGUGGAUGUAUAAUUAUCCAAAGAAGCCUUUCACCCAUUUUUCACUAAUUUUUCUGAACACCCAUCAUGAGUACUGAACCAGUAGAACUUCCUCCACUGCCUGGAAGAUGCAGAAGCAACUUGCUGAUCAAGACACUACUUUUAAUUUUUAUUUUUGCUAUUUCUUUUUCUGUUUAUUUUUCUGGAACCUGGCCAACCUUCAUCGUGCUAUUGGAUCCUGUGUACCCCACCAACACAGAGCUGGAACAUGAGCCAACCGAAAAUCCAUUCAGAGAGAUGUCUGUGGAUGACAUAAUGCGUUCGGUAUGGGACGAUCUCCCAGCAGACGGCAACUUCAGCUCUAUUGAAAGCUCUUCCAGUGGCCAGCACAGUGUGGUCAACUUGGAGCAGCCCGGAGCCCAGUACUGUGUGGGGGACAGCUUAAUCGUGCUGGUGAACAUGAAGGACCACAGGGGGAACCCAAAGGUGCAUGGAGGCGACUUCAUCCUGGCCCGAAUCCACUCUCCCAAUCUCCAGGCUUCUGCAUCAGGAGAAGUUACUGACCUGCUCAAUGGCUCCUACCGGGUGCGUUUCCGCCUGUUCUGGCCUGGAGACGUACUGGUGUCUGUGCUUCUCAUGCACUCCUCUGAGGCAGUCGGGAUCCUCAGGAGAAUCAGUGCGCACAACUACGAUAAGAUCAUAUACACCGGAACCUUCUACAGUGGGAACAAAACUGAGCAAUCUCAGUGCGGCAUCCGGCUGAAAGCAGACAGGCCUCUCUGCGAGUACAGGAAGAAGGAAGACGCGGAGUACUACGCCUGUGUCCGACCCAAAACCCUUUCCUGCAGCACCCUGAGGACCAUGCGGUCCAGAAAUGGCCCAAUUUCUAACAUGGCCAGGGAUGAGCGUUUGCUCCUGAGCAGGAAAAACAUUGGAAUAGAAAUGAGAAACAGCUUUGGUCCUGUGAAAGUCAUCAGUUGUCCCGCAGGGACCCACAGACCGACUGAAAAGUGUGUGGCAGGGUUUGGAAUGACGUCCCCUUCACCGAGUGGCUACUUCUUUAGAAACAGAUGGUCUUCCUCCUCCUGCCAGACGGGAAACUUCUUCAGUGCGGACGCCAUCAGCAGAUGUCUGAAGGGAAGGAACCUGAAACUCAUGGGAGACUCCACUGUGCGCCAGUGGCAAGAGACGCUCAUAAAAACGCUGAAAGGGCUGAAAUAUGUAAAUCCGUAUGAUACUCAUUACUAUGCCCUGGUUGUGGACCCACAAAGGAACAUCACUGUCCAGUGGAAGAUGCACGGACAUCCUUUCGUCACUGGCUACAACGUGGUCAAAGAUGCCGUGGGGUACAUUUCCAGAGAAGUAGACAGAGUAGCGGUUGGCGACGUAGUGGUCAUUGGAGUGGGACAGCAUUUUAGGCCCUUCCCCCUGGAGAUCUUCAUCCAGAGGCUGAUCAACAUGCGCAAGGCCAUCCUGAGGCUCCACAAACGCAGCCCCCAGACCCUCGUCAUCAUCAAGCUGGAGAACACCAGGGAGUUGGACUCAGAUAUGACCCACCUGAGUGACUGGUUUGGCUACGUUCAGAACCUGGCUCAGAGAAAGGUGUUCAGGGACCUGAAGGUGGUGCUGGUAGACGCCUGGGACAUGACAACAGCCGCCAACACCUUCGCCAUCCACCCUAACAGCAUGAUUGUUUCCAAUGAGAUAGCCUUGGCUCUGUCACACCUCUGUCAUGAUGCAUAGAGGCUCUUUCUGAAAGGAACUAUAUAACAGGAGUUUCUAACUCCAUUUCUCUAGAGACUUUGUUUACAGUACACCCAGGGGCUUGUUACAAUACACUAGGAGCUUUGGAAUUUUAAGGUUUUUAAUUGCGUCCCUAUUAGUAAUAGUAGGUGUUUGAUUCUGGGGUGGAAUUUGAGUGCUUAUUAAUGAUUAUACAAUGACAAUGUAGUAUACUGGCUAAGGAGUUGGUCCUGUAACCUAAAGGUUGCAGGUUCGAUUCCCUGGUAGGACACUGCCGUUGUACCCUUGAGCAAGGUACUUAACCUGCACAGCUCCAGUAUAUAUCCAGCUGUAUAAUUUGAAUACUAAACUGGCUUGGGCUGACCACAUGCCAUUUUCACUGCAGCUGUUUUACCUCAGUUUUCAUCAGACAUGACACUUUUUGCAAAGACAUUCAAUAACCAUAUUCACCUCACCUAUUAACUUUCAGUUUUGAUUAAUUUAUUUUCAUAUUUAGGUCUGGGCUAUUAAAAGCCUUGAUCAAGAUACUUGCUACCUAGCAGUUUCUAGUCAGUCACCUAGCGGAGCUACCUGGUAAUACUGAGCUCUUUGUGAAAACUAGGGAUCGGUACCAGUAAUGGAUUGAUCGAUUACAUGUCAGAUAUGUACCUACUUGAUCUUCUGAUUUUCUCAUAAAGGCUAGGCUACACAAGGUACAACUAGGCUAUGUGUUGGAACUUGGCUCCAUUCAUUAAUUUACAUUACAUUACAUUACAUUACAGGCAUUUGGCAGACGCUCUCAUCCAGAGCGACAUACAAAGUGUAUAACCGUAACCAGGGACAA